GAUGAUGAUGAGGUGUUAAGGUGAGAAAGCAGAACAAAAAUGAGAGGUCCGAAAUAGCUUUAGCCUUAACACUCUCUCAGCUGUGCUUCUGCUCAAGGAGCCAAGCUUCUUGGCUCUCUCACCUUAUCUAUCCUAUCCAUCUCUUGUUCUCUCUCUCUCUCUCUCUCUCUCUCUCUCUUAUAUCCUCUUCUCACACUCUUGCAUGCCCUCACUUUCUGUCCCCAGCAAAUCUUCUUCCCACUUUUCUUAGCUCCUCUUUAAUAUGCUCAACAACACCAUUUACAAAACCUCUUAAAUUCUUAGGUACCCAACUACCCUUUUUUUUUCCUAUAAUUUCUGGGUAUAUGAGUGUUUUGGUUCUAGUCGAGUUUUUGCUGAGAUUGAGUUUCGUUCUCUCAGAUACUUUCUGACUUUUGCUGAGGGAGUUCUUAUGUUCUUUAUUCUAUUCAGGCCUGAAGUUAGUAGUUUGGCAUUUCCUCCCAAGCAAGAACUGAAGCAAGCAAAAAAAGUUUUAAAACUAAACCCAGAAGUUUGGAUGUGAAAUGGCUCCAAAAACAGGCAAGGCGAAACCACAUAAAGCAAAGGGAGAUAAGAAGAAAAAGGAAGAGAAAGUUUUGCCCAAUGUAAUAGAGAUUACCGUUGAAAUACCAGACGAUGCACAAGUAACCCUCAAGGGUAUAUCUACGGACAAGAUGCUAGACUUGAGAAAGCUGUUAGCAGUCCACGUUGAGACAUGUCAUUUGACCAACUUCUCCCUAUCGCACGAGGUGAAAGGAUCGCGGCUAAAAGAUUCGGUGGACAUUGUCUCACUUAAACCGUGCCACCUCUCCAUCGUCGAAGAGGAUUACACAGAGGACCUCGCGAUCGCGCACGUCCGGAGACUCCUCGACAUUGUGGCCUGCACCACCGCCUUCGGGUCCCCGUCCUCUUCGCCGAAGCCUCCGGGCAGAGCCCAGUCGAAAGAGCCCGGAACGGCCGAGUUAGAACCUUCUCAGAGCCACAGUCCGGAUAAUGUGGGCGAUCUUCCGAUUCCGAAGCCGACGGAGAAGAAAUCUGGUCCGGCCCAGCAAGUUGGCAGUCAGGUUCCUAGUAAGUGCAUCCCUGAGGGGACCGAUAAAUCUGACGUCGCGGCUGUGUCGAUGUACCCGCCGCCGAGGCUCGGGCAGUUCUACGACUUCUUCUCGUUCUCCGAUCUCACGCCGCCAGUUCACUACAUUCGAAGAUCUACACGUCCCUUCCUCGAAGAUAAAACGGAAGAUGAUUUCUUUCAGAUUGAUGUUCGAGUUUGCAGUGGGAAGCCAACAACAAUUGUUGCAUCCAGAAAAGGGUUCUAUCCCACUGGGAAACGCCUUCUUCUUAGUCACUCUUUGGUGGGUCUACUUCAGCAGAUAAGCAGGGCUUUUGAUGCUGCAUACAGAGGCCUUAUGAAAGCUUUCACAGAGCACAAUAAAUUUGGAAAUCUUCCAUAUGGUUUUCGAGCAAACACAUGGGUUGUCCCUCCAGUUGUUGCCGACAAUCCAUCUGUUUUCCCACCACUUCCCAUGGAAGACGAAAACUGGGGAGGAAAUGGGGGUGGGCAAGGAAGAGAUGGAAAACAUGAUCACAGGCAGUGGGCAAAGGAAUUUGCCAUUCUGGCAGCAAUGCCUAGUGAAACGUCAGAACAGAGGCAAAUUCGAGACAGGAAAGCCUUUCUUCUUCAUAGUUUAUUUGUCGACGUGUCAGUUUUUAAAGCUGUUGCCGCAAUCAAGAGUCUCAUUGAUGGUAAUGAAUGCUCUUUGAAAUAUCCCACUGUUUCAAUCUUGCACGAGGAGAGAUAUGGAGAUUUAAUUAUUAAGGUGACUAAGGAUGUGUCUGAUGCGAGUAUGAAGUUGGAUUGCAAAAAUGAUGGGACUCUGGUCCUUGGAAUGUCCCAAGAGGAGCUUGCUCGGAGAAAUUUACUAAAAGGCAUAACUUCUGAUGAGAGUGCUACCGUCCAUGAUACUUCUACUUUAAGUGUUGUGAUGGUUAGACAUUGUGGCUACAUGGCUGUUGUGAAAGUUCCAGCUGAGGUGAACUGGGAGGGAAAUCCUAUUCCACAGGACAUUGAUAUUGAGGAUCAGCCUGGAGGAGGUGCUAAUGCCUUGAAUGUCAACAGCUUGAGGAUGCUAUUACACAAGCCUCCCACACCUCAAUCAUCUAGCAUAGGCCAACGCCUGCAGAGCACAGAUAUGGAAAAUUUACGUGCUGCUAGAUCUUUAGUUAGGAAAGUGGUUGAAGAAAGUUUGCUGAAGUUGCAGGAAGAACCCACUAAGCAGACUAGGUCCAUUAGAUGGGAGCUCGGAGCAUGUUGGGUGCAACAUUUGCAAAACCAGGCUUCAGGGAAAGCUGAGUCUAAGAAAGCUGAAGAAGCCAAGCCUGAGCCUGCUGUAAAAGGCCUUGGGAAGCAAGGUGGACUGUUAAAGGAGAUUAAGAAGAAAACGGAUGUUAGAAGCGGAAAAACUGAGGCAGGGAAGGAAGUUUCUAUGAGUAACAACCCUGAUGUAAACAAGAAAUCAGAGAACCUUAGUCAGAAGGAAUUGGAGAAACAAGAUAAGGAGAAGGAAAUCAUGUGGAAAAGGCUGCUUCCUGAGUCAGCAUAUUUGCGCCUUAAAGAAUCAGAGACUGGCCUUCACCAUAAGGCGCCCGAGGAGUUGAUUGAAAUGGCUCAUAAUUACUAUGCUGAUACCGCACUUCCAAAACUGGUGGCAGAUUUUGGGUCACUUGAACUUUCACCCGUUGAUGGAAGGACAUUGACAGAUUUUAUGCAUACCAGGGGUUUGCAAAUGUGUUCUUUAGGGCGCGUGGUUGAACUUGCAGACAAGCUUCCUCAUGUUCAAUCACUCUGUAUACAUGAGAUGAUUGUUCGAGCCUACAAGCACAUCUUGCAAGCUGUUGUAGCUGCAGUUGAUAAUGUUGCUGACUUGGCUGCUGCAAUAGCAUCAUGUUUGAAUUUACUAUUAGGAACACCAUCACUUGAAAAUCCUGAUGCUGAAAUUAUUAAUGACGAUAAGCUAAAAUGGAAGUGGGUGGAAACAUUCCUUUUGAAGAGAUUCGGUUGGCAUUGGAAAUAUGAAAGCUCAGAGGAGCUGAGAAAGUUUGCCAUUCUUCGUGGAAUGUGCCACAAGGUUGGACUUGAGCUUGUUCCUAGGGACUAUGAUAUGGACGGUGCACUACCUUUUAGGAAGUCAGAUGUCAUUAGCAUGGUCCCCGUCUAUAAGCAUGUUGCAUGUUCAUCUGCUGAUGGACGUACACUAUUGGAAUCUUCCAAGACUUCCCUGGAUAAGGGUAAAUUGGAGGAUGCUGUUAAUUAUGGCACUAAGGCACUCUCAAAACUUGUGUCUGUCUGUGGUCCUUAUCAUCGAAUGACAGCUGGAGCAUAUAGUCUUCUGGCUGUAGUGCUCUAUCAUACGGGGGACUUCAAUCAGGCAACUAUAUAUCAGCAAAAAGCAUUGGAUAUUAAUGAGAGAGAGCUUGGACUUGAUCACCCUGAUACAAUGAAAAGUUAUGGAGAUCUAGCUGUUUUUUACUAUCGACUUCAGCAUACAGAGUUGGCCUUGAAGUACGUCAAUCGUGCUCUGUAUCUCUUGCACUUAACAUGUGGGCCUUCUCAUCCAAAUACUGCCGCCACUUAUAUUAAUGUAGCCAUGAUGGAAGAAGGUUUGGGGAACGUCCAUGUUGCUCUUAGGUAUCUCCACGAGGCAUUGAAAUGUAACCAAAGACUACUUGGAGCUGAUCAUAUACAGACUGCAGCCAGUUAUCAUGCAAUUGCAAUUGCUCUCUCCUUGAUGGAGGCAUACUCCUUAAGUGUUCAGCAUGAACAAACUACCCUACAGAUACUGCAGGCCAAACUUGGGUCCGAGGAUCUACGAACACAGGAUGCGGCUGCAUGGCUCGAGUACUUUGAGUCCAAGGCUCUGGAGCAGCAAGAAGCUGCACGUCAUGGUACCCCAAAGCCAGAUGCUUCAAUCUCCAGCAAAGGCCAUUUGAGUGUAUCGGACCUUUUGGAUUAUAUAACGCCAGAUGCAGAUAUGAAAGCAAGAGAUGCUCAAAAGAAAGCUCGUGCCAAGGUAAAAGGCAAACCUGGGGAAACAGUCUCAGACGAAUAUCAGAAGGAUGAAAUUCUGUCACCAAGUUACCGCAGUGCAGAAAAUUCAAGUGAUAAAGAAAACAAAUCUGAAGCUCAGUUUGCACAACCUGCAGAGGAAAAACCCGAUUCACUUCUUUCUGAUCAACUGAUGCUGAAUAAUGAUGACACAGCACAAGAUGAAAUCUCCGAUGAAGGAUGGCAAGAAGCUGUUCCUAAAGGCCGGUCACCUACAGCUCGCAAGUCUUCUAGUUCAAGGAGGCCAAGCCUAGCAAAACUAAAUACUAACUUUAUGAAUGCAACCCAAUCAUCAAGAUACCGUGGAAAGUCCACUAAUUUCACAUCCCCAAGAGCAAUCCAAAAUGAGCCUGUUGCUUCUACAGGACCUGCUCCUCCUACUACAAAGAAAUUUGUUAAGAGUGCCAGCUUCAGUCCUAAGAUGAAUACCUCUAGCACCUCAGUGGGUGGGGCGGAGAAGUUAGCUAACCAAAAGUCAGCACCUACUAGCCCCGCUUCCACUGAUCAAGUUGCAAAGUCUACUCCUGUGGCAAGUUCAAUUAGCGUUCAGGCAGCCGGAAAACUUUUCUCCUACAAAGAAGUUGCUUUGGCUCCACCUGGAACAAUUGUGAAGGCAGUGGCAGAACAGUUGCCAAAAGGGAACCUUCUGAACGAACAAAAUCCUCAGAUUAGCCAGGAGGCAGCUGUGGCAAGUGUCAAGGAUGUGGAGGAAGAAAAAGUUGGCAACCCCAAAGGAGAGAAACAACAACAGGUUUCUAAGGAGGGGACAAAAGGCAGCAUCAAUGAAGAAGAAGAAGAAACAAAAGUUGAGAACUCUGUGGCAACAAAACCACUCGAGGUUAUAAAGAGUGCUGCUCAAGAUAUUGUACUGGUGACUGAAAAGGCUGAAUUAAAGAGCGAUACUGUUAAAGACCCCAAAGCAAAAGCCGGAAGUGUUGCAGCUCACGAGAAUAAGAAUCCUGAGGUCUACAAGGAUUCAAGCACGAGUGCUUUGAAAAGUGAAGUGUUGGGAAUAGGGGUGCUAGGUGGUUGUCCCACUACUUCCCCUGAUUCAGGGGCUGCUUCAGUUGAAAACACAACUCUUUUGCCUGAUAAAGGUGCCUCCAUUUCUGAAGAAAAUGUGGCAGAGGGAGAUGAGAAUCAACAUGAUAUGCCCAAUGUUGAGUUAGGUGUUGAGCCAAAGCCAAAUGAAGGGGAAAAGCAAGAUGAAGGAGAACCUGGAAAGGAGACAACCAAGAAACUCUCUGCUGCUGCACCUCCAUUUAAUCCAUCGACAAUUCCAGUAUUUGGCUCAGUUCCAGUCCCAGGAUUCAAAGAUCAUGGAGGAAUUCUGCCCCCACCAGUUAAUAUUCCUCCCAUGCUUUCAAUCAAUCCAGUGCGUAGAUCAACUCAUCAUUCAGCAACAGCAAGGGUUCCAUAUGGUCCACGGCUAUCUGGUGGCUAUAACAGAUCAGGAAAUCGGGUUCCACGUAACAAAGCUGGCUUCCACAGUGCUGAACACACUGGAGAUGGGAAUCACUUCAGCCCUCCUAGAAUAAUGAACCCACAUGCUGCUGAGUUUGUACCAGGACAACCUUGGCUUGCCAAUGGCUAUCCAAUAUCUCCAAACGGUUAUAUGACUUCUCCAAAUGGUUUUCCUAUGUCCCCAAAUGGUGGUGUUCCGGUGUCGCCAAAUGGUUAUCCAGCAUCAUUGAAUGGUAUUCCAGUGACGCAAAAUGGAUUUCCAGUAUCUCCGGUCAGUUCAGUAGACUCACCAACUGUCGUCAAUGAUGACAUCAGUGUUGAAACCAAAAUUGAAGCUGCAGCAGAAGUGAGUAGUGAGAAGUCCUCUACAGAAAUUGGACCUGAAAAGCCACCAAUUGAGCAGACACUUCAAGACGAUCAAGCAGUCGACAACGAGAACAACCAUCCCGAAAAUGAUGAAAAGACUACAGAAACAGACUCAAUAGCUGGUGAGACUGUUGUGGCAACAGAAACAUGCAAUAUUGCAGUGGUUGAGGAAAAACCAACUAAAUGUUGGGCAGAUUACAGUGACAGUGAGUCUGAGAUUGUUGAGGUUACAACUUGAAAGACCAUGAAUUUUUAUUUUUCAGAUGCGGCUCUUAUCAGUUCACAGCUUAUGGUUGAAUUGCUGUGAGAUAACAGAAAGUGAUAAAAUAACAGUGAGUACUAAUGGAUGGUCAAGUCAUGAAGGGAUGAAGUUUUUUUUAAGUCUGCAGCAUAAUGACUGCAAGCCCAUGCAUUGUGAAUACACUCGAUACAGUUUGGAUCUGCGGUCGCGAGGCGAGGGCGGGGGGAGGAACUAAUUUUUUUCACUGAGUUAAAUAGGCUGCAUGCAGGCAUGCAAAGGAAACAAAUAAUGAACGUCAAAGGAUCUUUUGAGUAGUUCUCCGGUGACUUAAGUCGAUCCUCUUAAUAAUCUAUAUAUAUUUUUUUUUAUUUGAACUUGUUUUUGUCGUGCUGUAAUCUUGUUCUUCACGUUAUAAUAGAAACAGAUGGACCGAUUAUGAUUUCCAGAAAAUCUGCAAAAUAAAUUCAAUUUUCUUACC